GAUACUGAGUAGACAGGGGUACAGGCGACAGAAGCAUCAGGACCAGAAGUGUUUGCAGGAUGGACACAUUCCAGUUGUAAGUGUUGGAGUGAAAGACGCCGUGAUGGAUCUGGAGGGGCGCCAGGGGUUUAAGAUUGGGCUAGAUCAUGGAGGAGCAUCAAGAAGAGGACUCGGAGGCCUGUGACUAUUUGUAGAUGAUGUGGGGGCCAGUUAGGAUGAAAUUGAUGGAGACCCACGCUCUCCAGGCAAAGCCUACAGCCGCCUGUCAUUAAUGUCAAGCAGCACACAGGAGGAACAUUAUGCUGCCUCACCAAAGGAAGUGCCACUAAUGGCAGGAAAGUCACUUACAAUUCAGAGCACUUUUCAUACAUAAGUGCAUCAGGAUGCCUUCAAAAGUGUCAUGCCUAUAUGUCUUGACAGUCGUGUGCUGGGCGAGUGCACUGUGGUACCUGAGCAUAUCUCGGCCGACGUCUUCCUACGUGGGUCAGAUGUCGGCACCGGUGCGCAGGACCAAGACGGCGGCGAAGAACGCCCCGGCGAAGAAUACAACGUUCACUAACAUCCGCACGCGGCCACUCAACCCACACGUGUUCGACUUUGUCAUCAACGAGCCGAAGAAGUGCGAGGAGCAGACGCCCUUCCUUGUCAUCCUCAUCAGCACCACGCACAAGGAGUUUGACGCGCGGCAGGCCAUCCGCGAGACCUGGGGUGACGAAAGCACGUUCACCGACAUCCGUGUGGUCACCCUCUUCCUGCUGGGCCGCAACACGGACAGCGUGCUCAACCAGAUGGUGGAGCAGGAGAGCCAAAUCUUCCACGACAUUGUGGUGGAAGACUUUGUGGACUCCUACCACAACCUGACGCUCAAGACCCUCAUGGGCAUGCGCUGGGUAGCCACCUUCUGCUCCAAGGCCAAGUACGUGAUGAAGACAGACAGCGACAUCUUUGUCAACAUGGACAACCUGAUCUACCGGCUCCUCAAGCCCGCCACCAAGCCACGGCGGCGCUACUUCACGGGCUACGUCAUCAACGGCGGGCCCAUCCGCGACAUGCGGAGCAAGUGGUACAUGCCACGGGACCUCUACCCCGAGAGCAAGUACCCGCCCUUCUGCUCGGGCACAGGCUACGUGUUCUCGGCCGACGUGGCCGAGGCCAUCUACAAGACGUCGCUGCACACGCGCCUCCUGCACCUGGAGGACGUCUACGUGGGCGUGUGCCUGCGCAAGCUCGGCAUCCACCCAUUCCAGAACAGCGGCUUCAACCACUGGAAGAUGGCCUACAGCCUGUGCCGUUACCGGCGCGUUAUCACCGUGCACCAGAUCUCCCCCGAGGAGAUGCACCGCAUCUGGAAUGACAUGUCCAGCAAGAAGCACCUCAAGUGUUAACAUACAAACAAACAAACAAACAAAAAAUGCUUCAAGAGGUUUGUGUGUAUAGCUUUUUUUAUGCGUGCAAGAAAUGGUUAGAACUACUAGAAGUCACGCAGGAGAGAUUGUAUUGGAUGAACACACACUCUUGUUAAGUCCAGCAUUUUGCCAAGAUGUGUAAUUUGUACAUGCCUGUGAGCGUGGAGGUCAUUUUUGAUCUUCAUGUGCAAAGCAGUUGUGAAGAAGGGAUGAAAAAGUGAGACAUACGAAUUGUAAUGACGAUGGUUCUCAAAAUUGCAUCAUGUUAUGGUGCAACGUGCUAUUAAGGAGGUGCUGAUAAACAUGGGCGCCCAUGCAUACAUAAACAGCCAACACCACUGCUGCAAUUCGGCUGGGAGGCAAAACAGAUGAUUUGCCUUCCACAAAGGAAAAGAAAACAUGACCAAAUGUGAAUGUUACUGAGUCUUUAGUUUCUUAUUGCACAUAUCUCUGUUUGGCUUAUUUGAAGGAGUGUGCCGCCGAGGCAGUUCAUCAGCCUUAAUGCUGAUGCUAAAGCUUUGAGUUUUAAUUAUGUGGAGCCAGUGGAGGACAUCCAUUUAGGUAUAAAGCGCCUGGGUCUAUUUGUUUACAUAUUGUUGACAAUGUUACUGCUUUCAUGGGGGAAAAAAUGUAUUAAAGGUGAGGUUCAUUUAUUUAUAAUGUCAAAGUUAUUUUCUUACUUUCUGCCAUUGCGGGUGACACUGUUUUGCUUCAGAUCAUCUAGCCAACUCCUCUUUGUAUUACUGUACAGUAUGUGCAUAUAUAACUGAUUAUGUACUCAAAGCAACACCUACUAUCCAGUAACAUAUUGUGCAAGUGAAUAUUUACAUUGUGAUCACUCUACGAACAUUCCCCCGAGAAUGUAACAUCAUGUGUUUGUGGCAUCAAUCUAUACCGAAGCACUUCUGUCCAACUGAUCGAUUAUAUUUUCUAGAACUUGAUUGCGUUGAGGCCAAAAUUUGAUUUUAAGUGUGUAUUUUUUUAUUCUGUAGUACUAUACAGCUGUUGUGACAUUAAACUGUGAAAGCUUAGACUACAACUCAA